GCACGAAUCACACACACAGAAGUAGGUCCUCCCCUCCUGAGUUAUAGGGUAUCUGUCAUAUCACCCGCGGCGCUUGACCUGCAAUACAAAUCUAUCGCAUUCGACAUCGAAUUGGUUCGAGCAGAGGCCGGUCAGGCUGUGCUGAGCCCGGAAGCGACACGCCACCUUUCUACCCACAGUGGUGUGACCAAAAAAGGUCACGGACGUCUCCUUGUGGCCCUGCCCGCAGGAAAAGCAUACAUAUAGAGAUCGGUGGUGGGCGUGUCUGACUGGCCAGCUGCCUUCCUUCCUUGUGUGUUACUCUGAGUUUGGUGGAUGAGGCUACCACCGCCAUGACGUUGCCAUAGAACGCAUCGAAGUCGGCAUCCGUCACAUCACCUGAAAGGCACACAAACUCGCAACCGAAUGGCGAUGAAAUGGCGGCCCGAUUUCAUCUGGCUGGUACGUACCUGUGAUAUGGAAGGUCACCUUUUCAAUGGCGGGCAGAUGGGCCGCGUGUCGACCCAGCUCCAAGCCAUUCCUCGCACCGGCUGUGGUCAGCGUGGCCGAAGGGAUGCUGCGCAAGUCUAGUGUGAGGGUCCUGUCGGUCUUGGUCCUGGCGUAGUGGGACUGGAGGGCUCUGAGAAAGGGCACGAUAGCGUCGGGCUCAGCCGGGGAUGUCCGCGCUAGCACCGUGGUGAGCUUGCGCAUGCAGGCCGCGAUGUCGGCGGCCCUCUCCUGCUUCUCUGGCGUCGCCAAAGCACUCGACUCCAGCUCGAGGGUGUCGGCCUCUGGAAACGUGCCAUCUGUGAUACCACUAGCACCCGCUGCACAGGUGGCUGCUGCUGCGGUCCCUUCUUGGGCCGUCUCCUCACCCCCUGAGUAUACGACUUGGCCCAAGUGAGCAGCGAGAUGGCCGACAAUCGCUCGCACCAGCGGCCUGCGGUGAGUGCAGCCCCAAGACACGAGCUCCGCAGCGAUGCUGCACUGGUAGUCCGUGUCUAAGAAGGACUGGGGACUCGCGAGGGCAUCAGGAUGCAUGACAGCACCACUGCACGCACACACCGCACAAUGCGAGUAGGAAAGAAAGGUGCUACUACGCGGCCUUACGCGAGGUCAGCCACUUUCUCGAUUCGGAUGCGAGUCCCAUCGUCGUUGCGCAUGUCGUCACCAGGAAGAAUGUCCAUGCCCAUAUGGCAGAGCGUACGGUUGACACCCCGCCCCACCAGAGUGUCGCGCAAUCGGUCGAUAUGGUGGGCCCGUGCCUGCCACACCUUGACUGGCUUAAGCGAACGGAGACUCGACAGAGAGUUGCUGGGUGAAAGAACACGGAGGACCUCCACCAGCUCUUCCCCUUCACCGUCCUCCUCAAUUCCCCCAAGGUCGAUUUCCUCGAGACUCUCACACCCGCUGAUCCACGGCUUGACGGCCUCAGUGGACACAAAACCUCGGUCAAUCGCGAGACUUGUGAGGUUGGGGGUGCACCAGCUGCGGCCAAUGCGAAGAGGGGCAAACUCUACCGACAGGCCAACGACCGUUGUGAGCGCGGGCAGGUGGACGGGGGCGGAGGGGGCGGGGAGGGGCUCAGAUGAGGGGGGCGGGUGGGGGAUGCGAAUGCUGUAGAGAAAGAAGAGCCUGAAUUCCUCAAAGGACAACACUUCCAAUGUGCCCUCGUCUGCCGACUGGCUGCGGUCAUCAUCUCGCCCUGCCGCGGCAGCAGCUGCCCCCUCCCCGCCCUUCCUCUCCUGUCGUUUCUUGUCUGCGAUGGCCGCCCUGCCGAAGGCGUGACCUUCCACCACGGCCACCCAGGUCCCGCGGCACCAGCAGUCGCAGUCCUCGGGGUAGCGGUGCUUGAUCUCUCGCACGUUUGCCGCCCUCUUGCCCCAUCUGUGUGCCACGGCCAGCGGCAUGGUCUCCCACAUGCGCCGUGCGGUGUCGUUCUCACAGUCGAUGACCAGGUUGGUGUAGUUGGCGGCCGACUGAUGGAAGAGGGGCGUGCCGAGAGGCCGGCGGUGGCGCGUCAGCUCCCAGGGCUGCAGGUGGCCGAAGACCUCGGAGAGCUCAUCACGGGACAGACGAAUGCGAGCCUGGCAUGGAAACGGGGAGGGCAUCGAUAUGUGACGGACUCAUACUAUUCUCGCGCAUUGCUGGCCCUUACUGGUGUUUGGUGGAUGGGUGCAUUGCCACUCUUAUGAAUCAAACGAUACGAUGGGCCGGCGACUGCCGGAGCCUACAACACCACCACAGCAAUGCAGAAUGGAGAGAUCCCUGCGUCACGAUGGCCGGGCACGUCACCCGCUGAUCUCACCAGUGCCUCUGUGUGUUGAGGGCCCGCCGCAGCAGCAGCCUCCGUGGUCGGUGUGAGUGCAUCCACAGCACCGGCCAGGCCGGGCUCUCCCUGCUCCAGCUGGGUGGUGAGUGCAUUCAGCAGGGAGGCCAUCGAGCCCAGCUGAUGAUUGAGCACCCAUGCCUCAGGAGACGACGCCUGAAGAUGAGAUGAGCCGCACAAGACCACAGUGGACGGCCCUUCGGCGCCUUUUCUCAGUCAGUGAGUUUGACCCACCUGUGCAGCGAUGCUGGCGGCGUCUUGCUCAAGAAGGCGCGACAACCGUGCUAUGAUCUAUUCACACAACACACACCACCACGCGCGCACACAGCACUGUGCAGCCGAGGAAGCAGCAAGGAAAUGGCGUCGUAUGGCGUACGUACCCUAUCCUGAAUGGGCUGCAGGUGCACCAAGCUGUCCUUCACAGCCUGUGCAUUCGCAACAAACUAAAGGGACGCCGAGCAACACACACAGCAGAGCAGUGAAGGCCCUUCUCCGUCUGGAUUAUCUCUUCUGUGGUCGUGUGUCAUCCUCUGCCCCAGCUGCCUUGUGAGCCCUCAAGAGCCCUCCCGCUCAUCGCACUCACCUGACUGACGUCCAUGGCGGAUCAGUCCACGUGUGCUGGCGACGGAAACCAGCCACAAGCUAUCAGAUCGCACAGGCGGCAGCAAUCACUCUCCUGCGAUGAGUCUAAAUCCUCAAAAUCGCAGGAUGACACACACACGAAGACCAUGACCAACAAACUCAUGCCAGCCUCCCAACUCGCAACCGCUCACCGCAUUCAUGAGAAUGCCUCAAGAGCGCAGACCUGCCGUGUACCACAUCAUGCUCUAACUCGACAGAGGCACGCAUCCGUCGUCCCACACGUCAUGAAAGGGGUGGCUGCGCUAGCGGUAUAUCGA